CAUGCAUGGACAUAUGUGGUGUCUUACGAAAUACUUAAUAAAAUUAAAUUUAAAACAUCAUUUUCACUGGUAUGAAUAUAUGGAUUUGACGGGCUUCUUAGCUUAGUGAUGGGUACGGUCGCCAUGGCACGUAUUCUCCUCAGAUGAAAACACUGAUAAACGAUUAAAGUUCAAGCUUUGUGGGUAUAACAGCAUUUGCGAUUCAACGGUGAUGUGUUUAACAAGACAGUUUUAGGAAAAUAAUUUUAAGUGAGUAUAAACAGAAGGAAGACACUUAGUUUUCAAAAUGAUUCCGCGUCACCCAUUGAUAUUAAAAGUGACAACUGUGUGCGCUACAAUAGCGUUAGUGUGUGUGAUGUUUUAUAGCAGUAAGUCUGACGUCAUCGUGACGCGACGUCUGCUUUAUGUUUCGACGCUUGAUCCGUCCCAUUUUACCAGUUUGUCAGAAAUGGACAUAAUUCUCCAAGAACUCGACAAAGUUCCUGACCCACCAACAACGACCACAGCGGAACCUCCAAACGUCAUUAAGAAGUACGUCGACGGUGACGCUAUGACAUACAUCAUAGACCAGGAACCAUGCACAAAGGACCAUUACCUCAGCAUAUACGUGCAUUCUGGGCCGAAACAUGCCGAGAGAAGGCGUGUUAUAAGAAACACAUGGGCGUCCAAAGAAAUAUUGAAACAACAUAAAGCCAAACUCGUAUUUGUGACAGGCGAAGUAGAGGACGAGAAUCUACAAGCUACUCUUGAGAAUGAAAGUGAGUUGUACAAAGAUAUCAUUCAGGCUAAUUUUACUGAUGCGUACAGAAACUUGACUUAUAAGGCAAUAGCUGGGCUGCGAUGGGUGUCAGAGAAUUGCCCAGACGUUAUGUACGUGUUAAAAACAGAUGACGACAUAGUCGUUGAUAUUCAUCGAGUUGUGCGUUUAAUGCACGCGUACAUAGAGCAUAAAUGGGGGAAGAAAAAUAUACUUGCCGGCUACAUAUGGCCACACAUGAACGUUGACCGUAACAAGUCCAGCAAAUGGUACACGUCACCGGAUGAGUUCCCUAGUGACUUCUUCCUCAAGUACUGUUCGGGAUCCGCGUACCUCAUGAGUAGCGACGUCGUUAAAAAGUUUUACAUCAAGACACCAGAGACGCCAUUCUUCUGGGUUGACGAUUAUUACGUCACGGGAUUGCUUGCACGUAAUUCAAACGUUACACAGACGUCGUUAAGUGACAGAUACAUCCUUGAAAACGAGUCGGAUAUGGCUGGUUUACUCAAGAAUGACACGAAAACCAGAUUCGUGUUUGUCCACUCGCCUAACACCACUACCUCACAGUAUGUGUGGCAAAAAUUUCUAGAUCGAUGGUGAUUGAAGAUAAAAAAAAAUAUUAAAAAUUACUACGAGCUCAGAGUUAAGUUAUUCGAACAAUAAUAGUUAUCAGAUGUCUUUAUUAUAGAGGGUUAAUAAUUGGUUGGAUAUGGACCUCAUAAAAGUCCAAUGGGAACCUCGGGCUCUCGUAGCCGCGUGAACGGCAGUUUGACGCACACUUACUACAGUUGAAAUGACGUCCCUGCGUUUUGCCCUCCAAAAAGCGUAAGGGCUGAUUCAGCUUCCCGGUGAUAUGCUGUCUAGCAUUGUUAUUUGUUUCUUUACAAUACUACUUUCAAUCUGUUCAAUCUCUAAAUGCUCGUUAUGGAUGUUACUUAGUGUUUUUUUUUAGAUAUGGAAAAUUAAAAUAACAUGUGCAAGUAAUUUUGUAACGUAUCUCUUAGCAUUUAUUGAUUUAUAAAGGUA